AAUUAAGUUUUGGUAAAUAAUAAUUAAGGCAGAAUAAUGUCUAAACCAGUUCACGUAGUAGACGGUGAGGCUUCCGAAUCGGAUUCCGAGAUAGAAAUUGGGAAAUCGCCGUCCUUGGACCUGCAAUCAAUGGACACAUUUGUUGUUGCCGGAGAAGCCCCAGAGUCCGAUGAUGAGGGCAGGCUGCCAACGCCCAUAACGCUGGCAGACCUAGAUGUGCCGCUGCACGUGCCGUUCCAGCCCCAGAACAAACUGCCUGGCUCCCUGCUGCAUCAGAAGUUGUGGGAAUGCAACGUGUCCCUCCGAGCGACCCUGGAGGGUCUGGUGAAGCACACCACCGAUAUAGCUGUCGAGAAGCUGACCAGAGCUGACAAGAUGCUACUCAAUGGACAGGAAAGUAUGCGCGCUACAAACGCGAGCCUGACGCUGGCGCGGGCGCGGCUUAAGCAAAUUCAUACGGAGUUAGAAAAUGCGCACUGCAGCAGCGCUUUACCCACUGUUAGGAUAAAAUAAAUCGAAU